AUGGUCUUCGACGCGUCGAUUAACCUCCCCUACUACGUGCUAUUCCACGCCAUUGGAUUAUGCGGGAUAGGAUUGUACCAUGUGUACAUCGGAACACCUCGAGACGCGUACGCUAUUCGCGGCAUCACCACCUUCGCGCUCGCCGUCGCGUAUCUCGUCACGGCCUACAUGCCCAUCGAGGAGAACCAAUUUCUCCACGCCAGCGCACCGGUGCGCAUGCUCAUCGGCGUCGUCGCCGCGACCGCCGCAUUGACGGGAAGGGGGGACAAGAAGCUGCUAUGGGGCACGGCGCUAUGGGAUGGCGUCGGUGGUCUCAUCCUCGGAUGGCAGUUGGGCCGGUACGAUGGCCGGGUUGGAAGCUAUUGA